AGGUGUUUAGGGCGUUCCAAUACUAUCGCGGACUCAAGUGCCGCGGCGACCCCUUUCAAGCUCAAGAUAUAUCCCGUCCCUUCCCCCGGUGCCAACUGUCUUCGCGCCGUAUCCGACCGUUCCUGGGGAUCUCCCGAGCUACAGAGACCAUACAGACUGACACCAUUGUCCCUCUCCUCCAGCAUGUUAAUCAAGCCCGAGUGUUCUACCGCACCGGCAUGCAACUCGGGCCGUCACAAACCAUCGGAAGCCGCCCCCAGGCGCACAAUCGAGAAGCGCCACGACACGCAGUUCAAUGAUACAUUUACCGAACUACGGGAUAGUAUCUCUAGUAUGAGAGUUGUAAUGGCAAAGGAAGGAGAGGAGAGCGCAAUGAAGGAUCCGCAAGAAGGAACGCCUAAGCUGAUAGGAGAUGAGGAGGCCGUUAUAUGUAUGGCGAGAGAGUAUAUUGCGCUCCUCGAGGAGAGGAACAGAUCUCUCGUAGAAGAGCACACAGUCCUGCAGUCGACAAUUGCUGCGUUUGAGAUGUUAUUUCCACGUUACUAAUCUUCCAAUGCAUGUUUUGCGCAUCGACAUGGUCAGGUUUAACAUGGAUGUCGCGGCGGGUGAUGAGGGACUUCUAGGGCCGCCAGGCUAUUGGGGGCAGCCGAGGCAAGAGGGAGGGGAGACUGUUAAUGUGUUUUGGAUACUUAGCCCUGGAGCGACAGGCGCACUGAUCGAAUUCAUUAAACAUCCCUCCUGUGACUAGAGUGGGAGUGUUCUUUGUGGCAUUGGUGACAAGCAGGAACUUGUUGGGAGGAUAAUAG